GGUACCCUCUAUCUCACUCGGCAUCAUCUCAUUUUCAGCUAUCUUCCCGAUGCCGGCACUGGAAAAUCGGCCGCAAACAAAUCCGCCGAGCUCAGGGCGCGUCCGAAGGAAAUCUGGCUCCCGUAUCCGAUGAUUAAUCACUGCAUGCUGCGGCCGACCUCCGAGAGCGGACGUCCUCCAGCCAUUCGAAUCCGCAGAAGGGACUUCCAGAUGAUGGCGUUCCACUUCCACAGUGCAUCGAAGGAUAAGUCGCCAGAUGACAGUGCCAGAGAGGUAUUCUAUCGAAUUCGACAUUGGUGUUGCGCAAGCACGGUCAGAGACCUGCACGCGUUCCACUUCAAGCCUCCGCCAGAGGAACUCGCAACGAGUACACUGGUCUAUGAUGCUCGCCGUGAAUUUGCUCGUAUGGGAAUCAGCGCCAAAGCUGCUGAAGGUCCCGGCAGCGCGUGGCGCAUCAGCGACAUCAACCACGAUUAUGCCUAUGCUGCAACAUACCCAAGCGUCAUUUGUGUCCCUCGUUCCGUGUCUGACAACAUGCUGAAAUAUGGCGGAGUGUUCCGGUCAAAGUCCAGGAUCCCAGCUCUCACCUACCUGCAUUCCAACGGCGGCAGUAUAACACGCUCUUCACAGCCAAUGGUCGGAGUACAGUCCAAGCGUAAUCCACAGGACGAACGGUUGGUCUCUGCCAUCUUCUCGAGUCACACCCCAUCGACACCAUCGCCUUCAGACUCUCCGGAUCUGGUCGCGAGCACGUUCUGUGAUUCUUCCAAAGGUAACAGCUUGGAUAGCGAUGCGAACGGCGACGUUCCGGUACUGUCUGUGAGCCAGAGCGAGACCGCUUUGGACAUUCAAAAUGCUGAGCCGAGCGUUGUGACGCGAAAGAAGAUAUACGGCAGUACUCGGCGCAACCUGAUCGUCGACGCACGACCACGUAUAAAUGCCCUGGCGAACCGCGCUACAGGAGGCGGUAUCGAAGACGUGGCAAACUACGGCGGUGGAACCACCGGAGGUGCUGUCGAGAGAAUCUUCUUGAAUAUCGCCAACAUUCAUGUCAUGCGACAGUCACUCGACAAAGUUAUCGAGAGCUUUGCGAACUCCGAUUACCUCGAUCUGAAACCGAAUCAAGAGCUUCUGCGCAAAUCCGGCUGGCUGGCGCAUAUUGCAGGACUCCUCGAUGGUUCUGAAAUGGUCGCUCGAGUGGUUGGACUUGGUGGAAGUCAUGUGCUCGUGCACUGCUCUGAUGGAUGGGACCGCACUUCACAAGUGGCUGCGCUCGCCGAAAUUAUGCUUGAUCCAUUCUACCGAACUCUGCAGGGUUUCAUCACACUCGUGCAGAAGGACUUCUUCUCAUUCGGUCAUAAGUUCAACCAUCGCCAUGGUAUUCAGGGUAGCGAGAAGUGGUUCGAAAUUGAGAACGAGAAAGUUCUGCCAUCUCGUACCAAAGAGGCUACUGGUUCUGACUCUCCAGGCUUCUUGGGUUCAAAGGCUCUUUCCGGUGCGAAAAAUUGGUUCGACAAGAAUCGUGGUAGCAUCUUCCGGCAGUCUCAUGAUUCGAGUGGUACCGAUGGUGCCGGCUCACGUCCACCUUCACCUCCAGCAAAUGCACUGCUCCACGCUCCGCCGACAGCGAGCUCUAAGGAGGAUAAAGAGCACAAGGUCGACACCAAGGAAAUUGCGCCGAUCUUCCAUCAAUUCUUGGACGCGGUAUAUCAGAUCCAGCGCCAGAACCCUAAUGCUUUCGAAUUCAACGAACGAUUUCUGAGACGACUUUACUACCAAGCCUACUCCGGACAGUAUGGCGAGUUCCUGUUCAAUACAGAGAAAGAGCGAGCUGAAAAUAUGGACAAGACUCACUCGGUGUGGCCGCACUUCCUCUCGCGAAGAGCGGAAUUUGUCAACCCUGACUAUGCAUCCAAGACCAACGAUCCUCUCCUGUUUCCUUAUCGCCAGUCGCCUGACCAGCUGCCGGAGGUUCAAUGGUGGAGUGGACUUUUCGGGCGCAAAGAUGAGGACAUG